CGAUACAAACAUUCUCUUCAUAAUAACAAGCGUAUGCUGACUUCGAUUUCAUUACAUCUAACAAGGAAAGUCAAUUUCUCGUUAUGGCUCCGUACGUAGCUCAAGAAAGAUUCCAUUUGGAUAAAACAUCCAAAGAUAAAAGCCUACAUAUAGCAGAUAGAGCAGAAGACUUAUACGUCCAAAUGAAACGUGGGAUGUACAUUAGAUUCGGUCAAAAUCAUUUGAUGAAAAAUUUGUCUGGUCGUGAGACGUUAAAAAUAAAUCAAACUGCAAAAAGCAAAAAUGAUAUUGGAAACAGUAUCGUUACCGUACUACCGGCAACCAAAAUCAAAACAAUAACGGCACAUCAGUCGAAACAAGUGAUGAAAUAUCAGAUUUUUAAAGUUUCUAGCGCAGAAAAUAUCGGUUUCGAUGAUUCGUUUGUAACAGUUAGAAGAUCACACCUGUCCCAAAAUUUUGAUCGCAUUCGAGAAGUCAGCAGCAACGAUUUCAAUAAAAAUAAUACCAUAUUGCACUCAACUUCGAAAGAUGGUCGAAGUAGUUAUCAAAUUAAAAAUGAUUUUGCGCCCAAUAGUGAAAUUGAUAGCUCUCAUAAAUUGGAUACAUUAAAUGAAAAAAGUUCUUCCGACACGGAAGACAGCUUACUCGAAAAUUGCCAAUUUAUCCGUAAUUUGCCAUUUAUGUCGAAUUCUUCGACGCCAAAAAAUAAAUUGAUAACAAAAGAGGGAGAAGAAAAACGGGACGUGGAUUCUGAUAAUGUUAUAGUAGCUUCUACAUCUUCAAAAAUAUCGAAUUCGUUUCCUGAAUCAUUAAACAUUGUAGCAACAGGUGUAGAAGAUAACGAAAAACGGAAGGCAAGUCAGUUAAUUCACCGUACAAUAAUGAAAAGAAAAAGAAGAAGAAAAGAAAAGAAAAAUGUAUUGUUAAAAUUGGCAGUAGCUUUAAUAGAAUUAAGUCUUUUGGAAAAUUAGCGGAAUUUUUUAAGUUUUUAUAAUGACAUUUUAAAAAUAGUACAACUUAUUAUUUAUUAGUUAUUUUUUGAUGUACCAUAUUAUAUAAGUAUAGUAUACUUGAUUUAUUACAAUAAUCUUUUCUCAAAAUAAACUCAAACAGUCAUCAGUU